AGGAUUCUGCUUUUCAGUAAAAUAUUUACUUGACUUUUUUGGGUUCCAAAGCCAUGAGUCUUCAACUCUCACUUCACUCGGGGAUCAAAAACACAUCUUUCUCAACAAAAAGUCUUGUUUUGAAUAAUCACAAACCAGAAGGAGCUGCAAUUCUUGUUUUGCCUCGGAAUUCUUUCUAUUCAGAUUCUCAUUCCUUCGGGUUACAAAGAUCUCAUUCCUGCUGCUUCACUUCACCAGUUGCAAGGAAAUGCCUGCCGGCUUCAAAUUCAUGGGAAUCCGAUCAGGCCGAGGAGAAUUCUAUCAUGCCACCUCAGGAAAUCAAGGAAAAUGGGUUUGAUGUUGUGAAGAUAUUGAAGGGAGCAAACUCUGUCAUACCACAUGUAGUUUUAGCAAGUACUGUGUUGGCUCUUGUCUAUCCACCUUCUUUCACAUGGUUUACAACCAGGUACUAUGCACCGGCUCUAGGGUUUUUGAUGUUUGCUGUUGGUGUAAAUACGGAUGAAAAGGACUUCAUUAAAGCCUUCAAAAAACCAGCAGCUAUUCUUGCUGGAUAUGCUGGCCAGUUUGUUGUAAAGCCUAUACUUGGAUAUCUAUUUGGGACUAUCGCGGUUACAGCUUUCAACCUCCCGACUUCCUUAAGCGCAGGAAUCAUGUUGGUAUCUUGUGUUAGUGGAGCUCAGCUCUCAAGUUAUGCAACUUUUCUAACAGACCCUCAGAUGGCUCCUCUUAGUAUUGUUAUGACGUCGUUAUCUACAGCAACUGCGGUUUUUGUCACUCCAACUUUGUCGCUGUUACUGAUUGGAAAGAAGCUACCAGUUGAUGUAGUAGGAAUGAUGUCGAGUAUCGUUCAGAUUGUAGUUGCACCAAUUACUUUAGGCCUUCUUCUUAAUAGGUUCUUCCCCUGGAUUUGUAAUGUGAUCAGGCCGUUACUGCCUCCACUAUCUGUGUUUGUGACCGCUCUUUGUGUUGGUUCACCACUUGCAAUAAACAUAGACUCCGUGAUGUCUCCAUUUGGAGUUACUAUUCUUUUGCUCAUCACUGGAUUUCACCUGUCAUCUUUUGUUGCUGGUUAUUUCUUCUCUGGCUUGGCUUUCUCGAAGGCACCUGAUGUAAAACCUCUACAAAGAACAAUAUCUUACGAGACAGGGAUGCAAAGUAGUCUUUUAGCUCUUGCCCUUGCAAACAGAUUUUUCCAAGAUCCGCUCGUGGCUGUGCCACCAGCUUUCUCUGUUGUUAUAAUGUCUUUGAUGGGAUUCUCCAUGGUCAUGAUAUGGGCUAAUAAGAGAAAGGAAGUUCCAGUGUGAUGAACAGGUAAAAUUCGGAUGGUUCUCCAUUAAGUCCACCAAAUAGCAACUAAAAUGUCCAUAAAGCACCAGAGGUGGAACGAUUUAAGAGCAGUCAGAUAAUGGUGUUGUAUUCUUCCUACUCAUAAGAGAGUUGUUUCUGCUUCAAUUACACACGGUCCUUUUGAGAAGACAACAAAUUAUAGCAUCCUCUUCAUGCCUUAAAAAAUAACGUUUUGAUACAAUCAAGUUAUGUCUGAAUGUUGCUGAAUUCUCAUGAGCAUGAGUUUGAGUUCACUUAUUCUGGUCUUCUAACUCGGAUGUAUUUUCUCUAUCUCGUGUCAGAGUUGGAUUUCAAAGUCAAAUUCUUGUGGUGCGGUGGUAGCAACUAAAAUACUUGUAUUUAUGUCUUUAUCUUGUUCGCCUCCUAUAGUUCCCCAGUUUUCUGAUCCAGAAAUGCCACUUCUCAUACGCAUUCACGCCAUACUGAAUUUAGUCCUAUAACUAGCAGCAUUUGAUUCACAAUCUCGAGUUAGAAGGCAAUGCCGCAACGCAGAGUUUAUAUCAAAGAGCCCCCUUUCUUUCUUUUUUCCUUUUUUGUUUUGUUGCAAAGAUGAUCUUCUCAAAUCCAUUAUUGGAACAAAUAACAUUUGUGUGAACGGAAAUUCACAC